AUGGGCGUUGUGGCCGUCCGACCUGGUCGUUGAACCUCCCUUGACCGUUUUGUUUGAAUGUGCAUAUUUAGUUUGUCGUCUACAGUAUCUUAUUCAUGCAGAAGCAAACCCGAACUCGACAGGUUUUGAUUGUGGGCGUUUGCAACAAUACGAGCUUGACUCCAUAGCCAGCGCCAUAGCGCAUCCCAAAUUGUAGACGUAUUUCAUCACGCUUGAGGCUCGAUGGAUUUUGAAUUCUCGGAUGUGGAACUGGAUGACGUAUUGGCUGCUUUUAAUGAAGUCGACGGCAUGCUGCUGGGCGAGUGGGACACGCUCCUGACCCCGCUACGCGAGGAUGCCACAGCGGAGUCAGGUGGCGAUGCAACUUCCGCCGGUGUGACGGCGCUCCCCGACCUGCUGGGCGCUGGCAGCGGCAUCGCCCCACAGCUGCCCGCCACAACGGCCGCCCAUAUCCCCGUCGCGGGCGCCGCAGCGCAGUUUAGCCAUGCCGCGCCGGCGGCUGCCGCUGCCGCCGCCCCAGCCCCAGCCCACAUGGCCCCUGGUCCUACAGGCUGGAUGGGCCCGGUGCCGGGUGGAGCCCUGUCCAUGGCGCCGCAGCCGCAGCUACAGCCGCAGCCAGCAGUAGCAACACAGCCUGGACCUGGGCUGCUGCCGCCGCAACUCCAGCAGCAACAGCAGCAGCAGCAGCAGCAGCAGCAGCCUUACUGGCAGCAGCAACAGCCGCCGCUGCAGAUGCAGCAGCAACAAGGCUGGACACAGCAACCUGCUCAGCACCUGCUGCAGCCCCAGCUGCAGUCGCAGCAGCAGCAGCAACCGUGGCAGCAGCAGCAGCAACCGUGGCAGCAGCAGCAGCAGCAGCAGCCAUGGCAGCAGCAGCCGCAGCAGCAAUCGUGGCAGCAGCAACCGUGGCAGCCGCCGCAGCAGCAGCCAUGGCAACAACAGCCGUGGCAGCAGCAGCAGCAGCCGCAGCCGCCGCAGCAGCAGCAGCUACAGCCCGCACAAUGGCAACAGUCGGCAGUAGCAGUCGGCGGGUGGCCAGGCGUGGGCGGUGCAGGCCAGCUGCAAUACCAGCAACAGCAGUACAACCAGCAGCAACAAUAUCCGCCGCAGCCUCAGUACCAGUACACGCAACCGCAGCAACCGCAACCGCAACCGUACCCGCAAUCCAACGCGCUGCCGUACACCGUACAGACGCCGUCGACCAGCGUUGACCACUCGGCGGGGGCGGCGUUGACCGAUAGCCACGUGGCCGCAACCUCCAGCGGCGGGAGUCACCACGUGUUGGUGGCGGCUGGCACGGCGGCGGCGGCAGCAGCGGCGGCGGCAACAGCUUCAGGGCCUCCCUACAGCCCCCAGCACGCCGGCAGUAGCUGCGAGGGCGGCGCAAACGUCGUGGCUGUAGCAGCAGUAGGUGACGGCGACGGCGCCAGCUCACGCUUUGCGCGCGUGUCCUCUUCCGCCGCGUCCGCGCCCUCUCCAGUCGGUGCGGCGCUACAGCCGCCAACCUGGCUACAGCCGCCGCCGCCGCAGCAGCAGCAGCAGCUGCAGCCGCAGAUCGCCGCGGCGCCGGGCCCCAGCGUGCCGCCACCGCGGCUGGCUGCCUUUGGCACGGCAGAAGCAGCAGCCGCAGCCCUGGCGGAGGCGGCAGUAGCAGCGCUACAGCCGGCUGCAGCACCUCCAGCGGCUGUAGCAGUCAUUGCACCGCAGUGGUCGGGGGCGGUGGUCACCACGGGGGUUGCGGGGCAGCAGGGGGUGGUCACCUGGUCAGAUCCCAAGCGCCACUCGACGUCGGCGAGCGGUGUGGGCAAUGGCGGCGGCGGCGGUGUGGGCAACAACAGUGGCGGCGGAGUCGCCGCCGCUGGGCUGGUAGCGCCGGGCGUCAGCAGCAGCGGCGGCUCUGCGGCAGCGGGGCUGCAACCGGCACCUGUAAAGGUGGAGGUGGAGGCGGCACCUGUGACGUCGGGGGCGGCGGGGCCGUCACCAGCUGUAGCUGGUGCGGGGGUUCCGGCGGCGGCGGCGCCGCCGCCGCCGGCCGCGCUGGAGAGUGCGGCCUCUGCGUCCUCGCCUCUCCCAGCACAGCCGCUGCUACCGCCAACCGCCGCAACCCUGCCGGCCAACAGCCAACCGCCGCAGGCGGCGGCGCCGCCGCCGCCUCAACAAACAGCGCAGCCACCACGCCCGACCCCAACCGCCGCCGCGGUGCCUAUGACAACGUCCUCGGGCCUCAACCCCUCAGCCAUCCUCGCAGAGCUGAUUCAGGAGGCCGGCGUGGGCGGCAUGGGCGGCCUGGUGGUCUGGGGCGGUACCGGCGGCGGCGGCCGCGGAGGCGCGGGGCCGGGUGUGGCGUCCUCUGCGGCGGCGACGGCGGCGGCUCUGGCGCCGCUGCCGCCGGGCAGUGGUCGUACGGCGGAGGAGCUGCUGGCGGGGCUGGACCUAGUGGACGUGUUCACUCCGGUCAAGCAGUCCCACGCCAAGCGCAUUCGCGGUCAUGUGAAGCAGGCGGCCGAGCUCAAGGCGGCGCUGGCGGACCGAGUGAGGGCCAUACAGCGCCUGGCUGCUGAGAACGCCGCCCUGCGCGACCGCUCCCGCGUCAUGGAGCUGGUGGUGGCGGUGCGGGACGAGCAGCUGGGGCUGCUGCGCGCACACCGGCCCGCCCGGCCCGACGGAAGGAGGUACAUCGUGCCCUCAGGACUGGCUGCAGCAGCUACUGCCCCUGGCACUGCUGCCGCUACUGCGGCGGCGCCAGCGGCUGUAGCAGCAGCAGGAGCAACAGGAGGGGGAGGCAGCGCGGACGCGGUGGAGAUGGCUGCGUGGACGGCGGCGGCGGCGGCGCAGGGGCCUUCUGCGGCGCCGGCGGCGGUGCGUGCCGCGGCUGCUACAACCGCUGCUGCAGCCAAGGCUCCUGCGGGCCGGCUACUGCCGCCGGGCGUCAGCAGCAUGGCCGCCCUAACCACCAUGCCGGCAGCAGGGCUACUCGAGAUUUUCCGCCAGCUGGUGUUGGAGCUGGGCGUGUCCCUGGCGGCGGUGGAGGAAGAGGUGCAGGCCGGGCUGCAUGGCACAGACGCCGACGGCGGCGGCAGCGGCAGCGCUCUCGGCGGCAGCAGCACUGGUGGCGGCGGCGGCGGCGCCAGCAAUGGCCUGCUCGGCACGCCCUUUGCGCUGCAGCUCACGUCACGGCCCGGCGGCGGCGGCGCCGGUGGCGGCGGCUCCGGGCCGGUGGUGAUCAUCGGCGGCGGCAGCAGUGCUGCGCGGGCGGCGGCGGCGGCGCCGGCUACGACGCCUGCGGUGGCAGUGCUGCGGCGGCAGAUGGGUCUGUUUCGGGCGCUGGUGCGAUACCUCAACCUUACCAAUGACGAGGUCUGCAAGUUUGCUGACACGACGCUGUCCGGCGAGGCGGCGGCGCCCGAGCCCGAGCACUGGCUGCGUGUGGCGGCGGGCCUGGGUCUCAGCGACCGCCAGCUGGGCGACUGUGCGGCGCUGCACGCCUACUGCACCGACUGGCUGGGCCGCAUACACGGCGAGCGGCGCGCGCUGGCGGGCACCCUCGACCAGCUGCUGACGUCAGGCGCCGGUGGGCUGUACGGCGGGCGGUACGGCGCCGCCUACCGGGAGCGUACGGACGGGCGGUACGGCACGGACCGGGACGUGAUCCACGCGAUCCACGCCAACGUGAUGCGGGAGAAGGUGGUGCACGUGAUCGUGGCCGAGGUGCUGUGCUGCUACAUCCUGACGGACCUGCAGUGGGCACGUGCGGUGGUGCACUCCCAGCCCUACCUGUGGGACUCCCGAGAGCUGGUGCGGGCGGCGGCGCACAUGCACCAGCAGCGCCAGCAGCACAAGAGGGGCCCCACCGGCUUCGGCGGCGCAGCGGGCGUGCACCUGCAGGCAGUGGCGGCGGGGAAGGGCAGGUCGGGCGGGCCCAGCGCAUCGUCGGGCGCCUCCGGCGCCUCCGGUUCCGCCGCCUCGUCUUGAUCUGGAUCUGGGAAGCUGGAUCUGGAAUUUAUGCGUGUGUGUGCUCGGGAUGGCAAGGGUGCCCUCCCAAAUGACCCACGGCAUCAGAGGACGUUUGUAACUAGAGCUUCGAGGAUGAGGGCGUGAGUGUGUGGAUGUCUAGCAGGGGCGUGGUGGGUCCCGGAUGUCCUGCUCACAGAGAGGUCAGCCGAGGGGUUAUUUUUUAACAUUACUUGUGAACGUAUGUUGGGCUGUCACUGCAUUGAUGCCUCCAGCGCUCCGGCGCGGCCGCACCCGGCCUGCUGUGGCCUGAAGAUGAAUGUGAUACUGUGGCCUCAAGCGUGUGGGUAAGAGCUACUGUUUGCAUUUGCUGAUACUGUCAAGGUCCGUGAGCCCGUGUGAGCAUCCCAGGCGAAAGCGUGCUCAACGUCGGGUACAUGCUGCAGGGAUGGGGGUAUGGAUUAGGACGGAGAUAGCGUGAUAAAAUAAGGAAGACGCGGUACUGGGGCUGUAAAGCAUUUUCAGCUGCCCGUCCUGCGUGGCGUGCGUUCGGGCACGUAUGCAGUCGGGCGUGGCGUGCAUUCAGCUGGGCAUGCGUUGAGCUACCCACAUGCCAGUGUUUGGUAUAGCAGGUCGAUCGCAUGUAGGUGGCAGAUGCAACAAGAUCGGCAUGCUGAGUCACGCUAACACACACGCACAACUGCACGGCACGGCACGGGUGCCUGCUGCCUAGUUUCAUUAAUUAGACUGCACUGAGUCGGCGCAGUGUGACGCAGGUCCCGGCAUGUCCCACUGUC